GAAUGUGCAAUCCAGCCCCAGCUCCGCAACAGGUGGUCUUUCUGCGGGAAUCGGGUCCAGCUUGCUGACGCCAAGCAAAGCAGGAAAGCUCGCCCGGCUCCCGUCCAAGCUGAAGCGGCCCACGCUUCCCAGGGCAGUGACCGAAGCCGCGAGCAAGUAUCUGCGCGCAUCGGAGGCGCUCGCCAAGCUCAGGUGGCAGCGGUCACAGCUUGCGGACAGCCAUCCACUGCUUCGCCUGGGUCAGGCGGCUGCUGAAGAGGAGGCCCUGGCAGGGCUUGAAGGCGACGCCCUGCGCGCUCUGGAGACGAACGAAGGUUGGGAGGGCAACGACCAGGAGUGGUCUGCUUUGCAAGGGCUUUGGCGCCAGCUUCGCAGGGACGUGGCAGAGGCGCGGACAGCAUCGAUUCAUUCCGCUUCCGCGGCAUUGGAGGAAGCAGCCGGAGAUAUCACGGAAGAUGCAGGCUCUGAAGGCGGGCGGUAUGGCAGCAGGAGUGCACGGCUGCCUUCAGGCGAAGAGGACGAUGCAGAGGGCAGUCACCACGGCAGCCGCCAGCGCCAGAGGAAUCUGCCGCCAGCCUCGGCCUGGAGCGAGGACGGUACGGCCGUCGGACAUCGAGGCAGCGGAGGCCCUUCUGGCCUGGAGCGCGCAGCGCAGCGCUUGGCGAAGUUGGAGGAGGAGCUGGAAUUGCAACAGCGAGAGCUGAAGCGGUACCACCAGAUGGAACACGGAGAGGAUGGUGGCGUGCUGCUGGUCGGACAUGCUUUGCUCCAUCAACGUCAGUUGGAGAAGCUGGCGGCGCAGCGAGACCUCUGCCGAAAAGAGGUCCAGGAGCUCUUCGAGGCUGCAUCCAGGGAAGGCUGGUCAGACGGGCAGCUGGCCGCAUGUGAGAAGCUGGCGGCACGCUGCCAGGACUUGGACCACGCCCUGCGCUCGUGCACGGAGAAGUCCGCACUGCUCAGAGAGGACGCGCAGAAGGUCUUGACCUCCAAAGGAGGCUCCUCCGCAUUUGGAGCGGCCAUUGCUGCAGCUUUCAAUGCGAGCGAUGCGGAGCUGCAGGCAGCCUUGUCGGAAGCUCUCCGGCGUAUGGCCAACUUUGAGCAUGACUUGGAACAGCAGCGGGCUGCAUUGAAGAGGCGUCGCAAGAAAGAGCCUGGAGCGAUGGCAGACGAUGAAAGCCUCACUGCACUCGUCGUCGAGAAGGGCCAAGCUCUCGCUCAGUGCCAGGACUUUGCGGAGAAGAUGCCAGCGCAAGCUUGGAACCUGAUCGUCUCCACGUGGCACGGGAAGCUGACCGACGGCCUUGAACGCUUGGCCAUGCGCGCGGAUGUUGAGGGAGUUGAGGACUCGUCAGAGGACGAGGAUGCCAGGGAGCGCCGGAGGUUACUUGUGGAUCGAGGGGAGGCUGUAGACCCAUCAGCAGCACUCCAAGAAGCUCGAAGACGCCUAACCCAGCUGGCCGAGGAGGCAGAGCGCCAGCGGCUCGGGCUGAAACGCCGGCAGCGCCGUGCACGCGGGGAGGAGGGAAGCGACGAUGACAGCUCCCUUGAAGAGCAAACAUUGAGGUCAUCUGCCAUAUCUGCCUGGGGUGAUGCUGCAGGGACGAGUGGGGAGAUCGAGCGUCUCAAGGCAGCCCAGAGGGGGAUGGGGCGCUCAGCCUGGACGGAUGACCCAGCUGCCUCCACCGACGACUUCUACCCAUCUUCGCUGGCAGAGGCUACGCAACGUCUCGCCGGCUUCGAGGAACAGCUUCGAGCCCAGCAAAAGUCACUGCGGCGCCUGGAGCAACAGAAACGGAGCGGUCAGGCGGAUGAUGUAUUGCUUGCAGAGCAUGCCUUGCUGAACCAGGGUGCCCUGGAGGCCUUGGCAGCUGAGCGUGGCCGCUGCCGGCGACAACUCCAAAAGCUCUUGGAGGUGGCAGAGGCUGAGGGCUGGUCAGAAGACCAGCGAGCAGCCUACGACCAGCUGGUGGCGCAAUGUCAGCGGUUGGAGGAGUCCUUCAAGUCGCUGGACCAGACAGCAGAGAUGCUGCAACAAGGCACCGAGGAGGUCGUCGCUGCCCCUGGCGCCACGUCGGCGAUCGAGGCGCUCAAGGCCGCACUGGCGGGCAAAGUCGACGAUCCGGAACUGCGCGCAGCCUUGGAUGUGGCCCUGAAGCGCCUGGCCAGCUUUGAUUCGGAUCUGGAGCAGCAGCGUGCAGCCCUGAAGAGGCGGCGAGUCCGGUCGUCGAGCUCCACAAGCGGCCCGGAUGCCACGGAGCUUUCUGCGCUGGUGGAGCUCAUCGACGGGCGAAGCGGGGCCUUGUCGCAGUGCGAAGAUUUCGCCCACAAGCUUCCGUCAGAGCUGUGGCAGCUCAUCUUGUCCUUGUGGCGAGGGAAGCUUACAGACGACCUGCGGCACCUGCUGGAGACAAUCCUUGGCCCAGAUGUGGUGCAGGACGAUGCCUCUGAAGAUGGAGGGGAUGGAAGACGGAGCAGGCUAAGCUUCAAUCGGGACGAGCCCGUCGACACAGAUGCAGCUCUGAGGGAAGCACGGCGCCGUCUGAUGCAGCUUGCCGAGGAGGAAGCGCGGCAGCGAGCGAGACUGACGCGCCGUCGGAAGCAGCAAGUAGGGGACGAGGAGCAGGUCGGCCCCGGCUCUCCGGAUGAUCCUGCGAGCCGCUCCCGCAGGCUCAAAGUGAAACCGGAGUUUGACAACGAGGAAGCACGCCGCGCUGUCGCGGAAGCUGCCCGACGCCUGGCAAACUUUGAGGACCAGCUUGAGCUGCAGCGCUGUGGCCUUCAGCGUCGCCGGGUGCAGAAGCAGAGUGGCGAGGUCGACGACGUCACUCUGUUGGGAUAUGCGCUCCUUCAUCACGGCGAGCUUGAAUCGCUGGCUGCCGAGCGGCAGGGCUGCCUCUCCGACUGCGACCGGCUUCUGCAGGUGGCUUCCAGGGAGGGCUGGUCGAGCGAGGACGUCGGCUCGUGCGAGCAGCUGGCCGCCCGCUGCCGCGACUUGGAUGACUCCUUCCGCUCCUGUGCGCAGACAGCCGCGCAGCUUAAGCAGGACGCCUCAAAGGCGGUGCCUUUGCGCUUCGAAGACUCAGAGCGGCAGGCGGCUCUGGAGGAGGCCUUGCGCCGCGUGGCUCGCUUCGACCACGAUGUGGAGGCACAGCGCGAGGCACUUCGGAGGCGACGGAGGAAAGGUGGCACAGGAGAAGCCGCCGUGGAUGCUGUGCUUGCCUCCCUCUUGGAGCAGCGCAGGGAGGCCAGGCUCCAAUGCGAGGAGCUGGGCCGGGACUCGCAUUCUGAAGCUUGGAGCCUCAUUGACUCCCUGUGGAGUGGCAAGCUGACGGAGAGUUUAGAGCAGCUGACUCUCCAUGUCUCGGUCCGGGUCCAGGAGGCUUCGUCUGAGGACAGCCAGAAGAGUAGCAGGCAGCCGGGCCGAAGCGGUGCUGUGGAUGCGUCAGCGGAGAUGGCCGAAGCGCGCAGACGUUUGGCUCAGCUGUCGGAGGAUGCCGAGCGACAGCGACUCGGCCUCCGUGCCAGGCGCCGCCGGGGCAAAGCUGAGGAGGCUGUCAAGGACGAACUUGAGCAGAUAGCAGCAUCUGGUGCGGAGUUUGGAGCUUUGGCAGUCGAGCAUUGUGAAGGCCUCCAAGAUCAGGAAAAGUCUCUCAGCGAGGUUAUGCAGAAAGACUCUGAAGCCAUGGACGAGAUUGAAGCCUGGAGACAGCUUGUUGGGCUCGAAGAGCUGCAGGCUGCGGCCUCCAAGAUGUCUGAGCGGCUGCAGGACGAGGCAACUGGCAAGACGGUUGGGGACCUCACAGGGCUGAGUCCGUCGCCAUCACGGUUGAAGCGCCAGGGCACCAAAGGCGACUUCAGCACAGACACCAGUGCUGCCAAGCAGCAGUGCGAGGAAAUGAAGGCCCGGCUGCUGGAACUUCGCGAGGAGGAAGAGGAGCGGCAGCGGCUUCUGCUACAGCGGCGGCAGCGGCGGAAGCGCGAGGAGCCACCGGAAGAUGCCGAGGAGGCCGCGCUGGAGUCCGAGGCUCGUUCCAGGGAGUUGUUGCUCAAGGCCCACGAGCCUUGGCUGAAACAGAUCCCGUGUCUCUUUUCAGGCGAAGGCUCCGAGAAAGUCCGCGAAUCUCUGCUGGCAUCUGCUCAAGAAGUCAAGAUCUUAUGUAGCUUACUAUCACAUGUGUGA